AUGGCUAAUGAAGAGGAAUUUCGCAAGGUUGGAAGGAGGCGUGAGGAGAUGACAACCGUUUUGAUUUUGCUUGAGAAGUUAUUAAGUAAUCUUCAAAUUAAUUUGUUGCUGAUAUCUCUCAUAAUCACUCUAAUUGGACAAAAUACUCGCAAGCGAAAACGUUGGUCCAUAGAGGAUCCAACCCGAAUGCUCGAUUCAAUUCCUGCUCAUGUCAAGCAGUUAGAUAGGCUUGUCCGUCUCACAGAUUGGUCUUGCGUUGAUAAUUUACGGAUGGAUAGAAACACGUUUGGCCGACUAUGUCGUAUACUCCGUGAUCGUGCAGGGUUAAUUGAUCAAAAAUUUGUCACUGUUGAAGAACAGGUAGCCAUGUUCCUAUGUGUUCUAUCACAUCACAAGAAAACUCGUAUAGUUGGAUACGACUUCAUGCGGUCCUCCCACACUGUGUCCAGAUAUAUACAUAUUGUCCUCCGUGGUGUGCUCAUGCUUCACAACCUGUUUUUGGUGAAGACUAGUCCUAUAGAUGAUAGUUGCAAUGACAGGCGUUGGAGUUGGUUUAAGGGAUGUCUAGGAUGGGAGGGAUCUGCGGGGGAUUCAAGGAUUUUGCGCGAUGCAAUUAGCAGACCAUUGGGGCUCAAAGUGCCAAAAGGUUGUUACUAUCUUUGUGAUAAUGCAUAUCCGAACGCCGAAGGCUUUGUGACGCCAUUUAAAGGAGUCCAUUAUCAUUUGAAGGAAUGGGGUCCUAGUACACAAGCACCUCAAAUGCCUGAGGAGCUGUUUAACUUGAGACAUAGCAAGGCUAGAAAUGUAAUCGAACGAUCAUUCGCGGUCUUGAAGAUGCGAUGGGGUAUACUCUGUUUCGCAAGUUUCUAUCCGAUUGAGGUGCAAACAGGCUUGAUUAUAGCAUGUUUCUUACUUCACAAUUUCAUUCGCGAUCAGAUGGCGGUUGAUCCGGUCGAGGAGGAGUUGGGUGACCACAACGACGAUGGGGAUGAAACGGAUCAAGAGCAAGCGCUUGUUGAUCAUAUCAACAGUGUGGAACCUUCAGCUGGGUGGAAUAAGAAAAGGGAUGAUCUGGCGACAGCAAUGUGGGCCGAGAGGCAUAACGUGUAA